ACUUUUUCAUUAACAGAAAUCUGAGAAAACCAACCCACCAAAACGCAUUGUUUAGAAAUCAUGUAAUAAUAUGUGAGGAAACCCCGUAAUCUACCUUUUUUUGAAACUUUAUUUAAUCUUUUUUUUUGUGUUUUAACGGUUUUAACGGAGAAAAUGGCUACAACCAAGUCGAGAAAACGCCAUCAUAAACGCAAACACGCUUCCACCGCCGCCGCCAAAGUGAACUCAAGAAAUCGUGAGACCCGUACUUGCGUCGAAGAAAAGAAACGACAAAGUACUCGCGUUCAAAAGAAAACCACAAUGAAAAAGAAGAAAAAAAAUGAGGAAUCUUUUACUAGAUAUGUUCACACAAAAAUGCGGUUUAUGAAAGGGUUGGGUUUAGAUUUUACAAAUCCGGUAGCUGAUAGUUUACCAACAAUAAAAACGACCAAUAAUAACGACGAUAGUUUAGGUAAUAACAACCAAAUUGAUUUAGAAGUAAUUAAUGAGACUCAUGUAAUUGAGUACGAUAUAAUACGUUGUAAUUUAUGCCAGUUGCAAUUCGAAUUAGAAGAUGGUUAUAAUGAACAUUUAUCCGAUUGUCAUCCAGAAUUACUUUUAUUUAGUUGUAAAAUCUGUUCGGUACGAUUUCUAAAUCGUACCCUUCUCCAAAAACAUAGGGUUAAACACGAAGGUCCUUUACCUUACACUUGUAUGAAAUGUAAGGAUCGAUUUCCAAAUCUUGAAGCAUUAACUGCUCAUUUACGUAGACAUGAAGGUAAAUUACCUUACACAUGCUCAAUUUGUCAUGAAGCAUUUGAAACUAAAGCCGAUUGUCAAAAACAUUUAGAUGUUCACGAAUUGAGACCUUACGGAAGUGCUUCUCAUUCAAAAGUAUUUACCUGUAAAGAUUGUAAAAAACAAUUUCGAAAACCCUGUGAUUUACAACGACAUAGUCGAGUUCACACAGGGGAAAAACCUUACGUUUGCGCUGUUUGUGGAAAUCGGUUUCAACAAGCUCAUAAUAUGACGAAACAUAUGAUCGUUCAUACGAAAGAAAAAUUAUUUAACUGUGAAAUUUGCCAAAAAAAAUUUGGUAGAAAAGAUGUUUUAACACGUCACAUGUUAACUCAUUCUGUUACUAAGCCUUUUUCGUGUCAGAGAUGUAUUAAAACAUUCGCUAGAGUUCAACAAUUAACUAAACAUAUGAAAAAAUGUUGUAUUUAAAUUUCAAAACGAUGUUACUCAACUUACCAAAAAAGAAAAAUGGAAUGAAAUCAUUUUAAAAAAGAAAUGUAUCCCCAAGUGCCUAAUUACUUGUAACCACUGAGAUUAUUGCCUUGAAUAAUAAAUAACUAAAUGGAAAUUUUAUUGAUAUAUAAAAAAGUAUUGAGCUUCCAGAUGCUUUUAAAUAUCUUUGUUACUUAUACUGGAAUAAGAAAAAAUGAAAUAAUGGGAUAUUUCUUCUCUUUAAACGAGGAUAUAUUUUAUAUUCUAUACAAACAUGUAAUUAGUGAAUAUUAGUAGUAAUAUUUUUAAUAUUUAGGUUUUUUUAUUUAGGUUAUAACUUAUA